CGCUCGGCGAACCCCGACGCCCCUCAACAUCAUCGCGUCGGUAUACUUCCGCUGCGCUCUCUUCUGCUCUGCCGCCGUCGACACUGUCCGUAACGACCAGCAACCAUGGCGGCGCGCCCACUCAACGACGAUGAGGUGCUCAGCGAGAUGAACAAGAUGGUGGCCUUUAUCAAGCAGGAGGCCAUGGAGAAGGCCUGCGAGAUCAGAGUCAAGGCAGAUGAAGAGUUUGCCAUUGAAAAGGCCAAGCUCGUGAAGCAAGAACAACAGGCCAUCGACGCGCAAUACGACAAGAAGCGCAAGAACGCCGAGACCGCACAGAAGAUCACCCAGUCCACCCUGACCAACAAGGCCCGCCUGAGGCUCCUCCACCGGCGCGAAGAGCACCUUCAAGACCUCUUCAAUACCGCCCGCAGCUCCCUCGCACAGCUGUCCUCUGAGGAGGGUCGGUACAACCAGUUCCUGCAGGGCGUGAUCACCCAGGGCCUGCUGCAGAUGCUCGAGCCGGACGUCACCGUCUACUCGAGACCAAAGGACUUGGAAGUCGUAAAGUCAGCGGCUGAUGCUGCCGCGGCGCAGUAUAAGGAGAUCAGUGGCCGAGACGUCAAGAUCGACGUCGAAGGCACAUUGAGCGAUGAAGGAUCUGGUGGCGUCAAGAUGACAAGUGGGACCCAGCGAAUUACGCUCGAUAACACCCUGGAUGAGCGUCUCCGAUUACUAGAAGAGAGGAUGCUUCCCGAGAUUAGGCAGGAGCUGUUUGGUUUAAACCCGAAUCGCAAGUUCUAUACAUAAUACUGUUACCCGAUCAGCGUGAAUGUACCUUCUUUUGCCGUGGCUUUCCGGGCACUUUCAAAUCGCUGCGCCUUGUAUUUCGGGACUUGCACGGGACGGACAACGGUCGAUUAUCGAAACGUGCUCAGAGUUUUCGGUCCCGGGCUCAACAGAAAGCCUUGCAAGAC